AUGUCCACCUCUGCUGCCAUGUUCAACCACGUUUCGCCACACGUCCACGUAGCCAUCGUGAGCAAACCGAGACUCCCAGGCUUAACAGCUUUGGCUCUCGCAGCACAGAACCUUGAAGUAGAGUUCGUCGCCCAUUCUAUGAUUCAGCCACUCACCCUGUCUUUUCCCGCGCUUCUCGUCCACAAGGCGAGCGCCUGUUUAUCCCCAAGGUUUCUCAAAUCGCCUGCUCCACUGUGCGGUGAGGAGCCGUUGUCGUCUCUCCUCGCCUGUCCCCUGCAGGUCACCGGUACCUGCUGCCAUCGCUGCUCCCCUUCCCACCCCCAGCGGCCCACCCUAGCGCGGCAGCCGGAGAUUCACCUCGUCCGCGCCAACCAGAGGGCGCGGAGGAAGGCCAUUGCGUCCCAAUCGGGCCUAGCCUUCUGUGCCUGGGCGCCGCGCCGCCAGUCGCUGGCAGGUCCUGCGCUGCGCUGCGAGGCUGCUGGGCGAGGUUCCCAGUACCGCGGAGUGACCCCCGUCGCUCAAGCGGCUCCCAGUGCGAGCUGGCGGUUGGGCCGGGGCCAAGGCUGA